UCAACAGCGGUGUGGUACAGGACAGAGACUUAUCCAUGUUGAAGUGUUUCACAUUGGUGCUAAAACGCCUGGAGCCGACAGUAUGUAACUAAGUUUAUAACUUACUGGAAUCGAGUUUGCUUUGAUUUUAAGAAUACAGCAAUUAGUUUACAGAAACAAAUUAAGGGACAUUUUUCAUUUUUGCCCGAGUUUUAUUUUUCUUUGGUAAAUAUGCAUCUAAUCAAUCUAUAGUAAUCAUUAAUUUUCAGUUUUUAGUGCUGAAGUGAUAGUGAUCUUUUGUUUACACCCGUUCGGAUUUUGCUUCACCAAAUGCUCAACAUGACAGAGGAUCAGGACAAAGCUCUUCCCGAUCCACCUUGCAGCCCCACUGGAACCAUCAGUUCCCUGUCCCAGGAAGAUUCGGAUUCCGACGCCCCGUCUUCGCCAACAGGAUCUGACGGGCACGGACCCCAGAGACUCCCUGGGAUCAGAAAAAAACUGGACAGCGAUGAAGACGACCGCUUCCCAGCCUGCAUUAGAGACGCGGUAUCACAAGUCCUCAAAGGCUACGACUGGUCCCUUGUGCCAGUACCAGUCCGCGGAAACGGAUCCCUGAAAAACAAACCUCAUGUCAAGAGACCAAUGAAUGCCUUCAUGGUGUGGGCGCAAGCUGCCCGGAGGAAACUGGCAGACCAGUACCCGCAUUUGCACAACGCAGAGCUCAGCAAGACUCUUGGGAAACUGUGGCGUUUAUUAAGUGAGAGUGAAAAGCGCCCCUUUGUGGAAGAAGCAGAGAGACUGAGGGUCCAGCACAAGAAAGAUCACCCCGAUUAUAAAUAUCAACCUCGGAGGAGAAAGAGUGUGAAGGCAGGGCAGAGCGACUCUGAUUCGGGAGCAGAACUGAGCCACCACCCGGCCGGGCAGCUGUACAAGGCAGAGCCCGGGCUGGAGGGCUUGGGAGAUGGGCUAAAUCACUCUGAACACACAGGUCAAACCCACGGCCCACCUACACCACCCACCACUCCUAAAACAGACCUUCACCAUGGAAAUAAACACGAUCUGAAGCAUGAGGGCCGGCGCCUUGUCGAAAAUGGACGCCAGAACAUCGACUUUAGCAACGUGGACAUCUCGGAGCUCAGCAGUGACGUCAUCAGCAACAUGGAGGCCUUUGACGUUCACGAGUUUGACCAGUACUUGCCACUGAAUGGUCAUGCAGCCCUGCCUUCAGACCACGGCCAUGGGCAGAGCUCCUCCACAGGGGCGUACAGUGCCUCCUACACCCACUCAGGUGGAAGUGGGGGGCCAGCUCAGAUGUGGAGCCACAAAAGCACCAUGUCAUCAUCUUCCUCAAGCAGCGAGGCCGGCCAGCAGAGGCCACACAUCAAAACUGAACAGCUAAGCCCAGGCCACUACAGUGAUCAGUCCCACAGUUCUCCGAGCCAUUCUGAGUACAACUCUUACAGUGCCCAAGCCUGUGCGACGACAACUACAACAGCCUCAUCCUUCUCCAGCACUCAGUGUGACUACACAGACCUGCAAAGCUCAAAUUACUACAACCCUUAUUCCGGGUACCCCUCUAGUUUUUACCAGUACCCAUAUUUCCAUUCCUCACGUCAUCCAUAUGCAACGCCUAUCCUCAACAGCUUGUCCAUUCCACCAGCUCACAGCCCCACAACCAACUGGGACCAGCCAGUUUACACAACUCUAAGCCGGCCCUAGAGAGAUGCUUCUUUACUUCAGUUUUAGACUUCCAAGUCUUCCACAGUUAUAUGCACUAAUGAAGGAACUGUUCCAAUUUCCAAAGUGCCUGCUGACUACAGGACACCUGUAAAUGGUAAAUUAAAACCCCAUGAUCCUUAAACUGUGCUUUUAAUGAAGAAAUGUUGUUUAUGAAGGACAAAUGUAUUAGUCCUCUGUGAGGACUUAACAAAAAUAUUAAACAAAAGAAAAAUAUAUGCGAGUUGAGUGUUUUGAAUGACCCUUUUUAUAGGGUUACAGUGCUCUGGAGAGGCACCUUUUUGUUACUGGGACCAAUAUGCACCUGAUUUAACCAGAAUUCCAGUAAAAAGCAGGAGACCAACAAUGAGGACCAACCUAUUUAAUUUGUCAUGACAGUUCUUUGAAACAAGGGUUGACUAUAAAUGCUAUUUUCUGAAGUUGAGGGGGUUUAUUUUUGGAGUCUGUUAAAAUAUAUAUUUCUGUAUUGUUUCUCUCAAUUAAGUAAUACGAGUAAGAAGUAGAGAUCUGAGCUCCAAAUGUCAUUUAAUAGUGGAGAAUUUUCUGUAAACUGUAAACAUAUUUUUUUGAACGACUUUCCAGUGAUUUGACUUCAUAACGGCUGAUAAAAGUUACAGCCUGCACAUUCCUUCAAGAUAAUUCAAAUAAAAAAAAAACAUGCAGAUGAUGAGCAUAAUAUAGACACAUUGAAAAGUAUUUAUUUGGAAACAUAAGUGGAUAUAGAAAGGUUAAAUCAAAUUGCUGUUUCAACAUUGGUGCAAGCAGAGACCAGGUGGUAUUUAUGAAACUGUGAAACUAAAACUCUCCACUAAGUUGUUAGACACUUUGCGUUGUAUUCAGGCAGUAUUAGCAUGCUGGUUAUCAUGUAGGACAUCAGUGCUUUUUAAGGCAUGCUAAUGUUUUAUGACUACAAGCUUAGUUUUAGAUUAAUAUAUGUAGGUGUUAUAUUUCUAUGGUUACUAUUGUAUGCUGAGCAUAUAAUAACGUCUUACUUAUGCAAUGCUAGCUUGUGCCUUCAGCCUAUUAUGCAGGUCUAAAAUAAUUUUUAGAAAAUGUCUUUUUUGUUACUUUUUCUACUCUCCAUUUUUCCUAAAGUUAUUUUUUCAAAUGUCUUUCUUUGUUUUUUAUACAAAGGAUACCAGAAACUUGUUUUCAUGCAUUCUAGUUUUCUGUAUAAAGUUUGAACAAAAUGAGAUGUAAUGUUACCAGUCUUAUGUUUUUACUAGACAAUUCUCACCAUGGACAGUUAACUUUUGUGCAGCCAAUUUUUUGAAAGGUAUAUAUUUAAAAAAAAGGGAAAAAACAGCUUUUAAUCAUAAAUCUUGUAUUUCUUUUAAGAUCAGCUUAAACAGUGCAUUACCAUAAUGGCGUGUGAAUUUCAAAAACCGCAGAAGGUACCAUUGGGAAAGGAAAUGGUAUAUGUCAAAUGUUUUGGGAGACUUCUAGUCUUUCUUUAGGUAUGUAUACAUAGGGCACUAUUGAGUGUUUAGUAGUUCUGGAUGAUACAUUGCAGAUUUAUGAAUGCUUUGUAAAUAGAGCCAUUAAAGGUGCUACAACUGCUGAAAGAAUUCCCCCAUUCUCACCCGCCGUGCACUUCUGUUCACUAUGCUUAUCUCACAUGUGUUGAAAGCACACCUUAUAGCAAGCGUGUAUUUUAUUAUAUAUUCAAAAAUAAAACAAAUCAUACCUUACUUUAAGUAGCCUGUCACCAUUUCACCAUCUCAGCAGUGUUUUCGUGGGUCUACGCAUGUCAGUCACUGGGGGAAGCAAGGGAAUAUUCCCUUUGCAAUAAAACCCCUGCUCUGGGAAUAUUAAUUAAUUGAUGUGGAUGGAAAAUGUGGGGACUAGCCCCCCAGUUCAGAUAUAAGGGCAAUCAUGCUGUAUCUAUUUAGUUUUUGUUUCACUCUAAAUUCACACAUAGUGCCGUUGAAAAUGCAUUAUAAAACACUAAGAAAUGCUCAAUCUACAUGAGUAAAUUGUCACAGUAAAAUGGCUGCAUUGGCUUAGGCAAUCUUUACAUUGUGACUAUCUCAAUUAAGACAACACAACACAUAUGCUUAAAAAUAUCCCUCACCCAGCACGGGUUUGAGUUUUGGUAUUAUUGGUAUAUUUCUGUGUGAUAUUGAUAUAUCCCCAGGUUAUCACCACACAGUCAGUCCCUUGCUGUCCUCCCAGAACCCAUUCUUAAGGAGCUUUUCAACAUCCUGCUUACUGUGACCUGAAGGCUACGGUGUCAGGGGUCCUCUGAGAAGUCACGAACGCCACUGGGAGUUGUUACAUAUCCGGUCUUUGUUCUGAUAUUAUUGAAACAAAUUAGAAGCUAUUGGUCAUUUUGGCAUAAAAAUAAAUGUGGGUGAGGUUAAAAUUUACAUUCCAGUUAUACAUUAAAAGUUUUCAAAAUUAAACAGAUUGCAUUUGUUAAUUUACU